AAGCCUCAUUUCCUUUCUCGCGCUCUCUCUCUCUCUCUUUCUAUGACAGCUCUCUCACUCUCCGCUUGGCUUCAGCUAUAGCUUGAUGGGCAAGUACAUGAGGAAGGCCAAAACCUCUGGCGACGUCGCCGUUAUGGACGUCUCUCAGUCCUCCUCGUUCGGUGUUCGUACCCGCGCCAAAACCCUAGCCCUUCAGAAAUCUCAGUCUCAAUCCACCUCUGGUUCCUAUCUUCAGCUCAGAAGUCGCCGCCUUGAGAAGCCCCCUGUUUUGAUUCCAGCUACCCAUUAUUCCAAGCGACAGAGGCAGUCUUCCAAGGAAACCGUUGCUGUUCAAAACCCUAAAUCAAUUCCUACUACCAGGGCCAGUUCCAGGCUUCGCCAUGGUUCCGGGGCCUCUGAUUCCAAUGCUUCGCUUUCGCUGGGCCGCGUGAGCAGCAAGGAGGAUGGUCAGAGACCAGAGGAGGCUUCUUGUAAAGUGUUGGUUAAGGAGGAGGGGGCUCAGGAGACCCAUGAAAAUGUUGAUGUUGGCGUUGAAGAAGCUUCUUUUGGAGAGAAUGUUCUGGAAUUUGAAGGUAGAGAGAGCAGGAGCACUAGAGAGUCCACUCCUUGCAGCUUGAUAAGGGACCCAGACAUUUGCAGGACACCUGGUUCAACGACAAGGCCUACUUGCUCUACUGAAGUUAAUCGAAGGUCAGAAACUAUGACAAGAAGGCACAUUCCAACUGCUCGUGAAAUGGAUGAAUUCUUUGCUGAUGCUGAAGAGGCACAGAAAAGGCGAUUUGUUGAGAAGUAUAACUUUGAUCCUGUGAAUGACAAGCCACUCCCUGGACGUUAUGAGUGGGAAAAAUUGGAACCCUAGAAGCCUAGUGUUAGUGUUCCAUCAAGACUUCUUUUCCUGCACAUUCUCUGGUUGGUCUAAGAUUAAUAGGAACUUUGAAGUAGCUGGGUUAGAUUUAGUUGAAACGGUGGUGGUGUUAUUUCCAUUUUCCAUCGCCCCUUUAUUUUACUUGUAAAGAAAGUAGGGCUGUCAAGAUGUGUAGACUAAUGGUCUGUAACAUAACAGAGGUGAUGAUGAUUACACAACAAUACAGAAUCUAGAGUCCUUUGUCUAACAGAUCAUCUGAGAGGGGAAGGGAAAGAAGGUGUAGGUCGUAGUGGGGUUAGGGAUCAGUCAAUUAAUUAGGUGGGUAUGGAGUACAGGAAUUUACUUAGGUUUCUCUUGUUCUUGUAUUUUCUUCCCCUUUUUGUCUAUACUUGUACUGAUGGAACCUGAACAAAACUCUUUAAUAAAGAUUUACCCAUUUCCCCCUUUU